AACUACAAAAUAGCUAUAUUUGUUCUAUUUACUCUGUGCUUCUAUCUUUUUAUCUCGGCUGUUGCUGCUGACCCCUUGGUUAGUAUUGCUGCAGCCUAUGAUGCUGAGAUUAAUAAUGGCUGGGCGCGUUAUGUAUAUUGGCUACGCCCAGACGAUAAUUCCCCUCUUGCUGCUCUCUAUCGCUACAAGGAUACCGGGCUUUUCGUAUCGUACCUCGAUAAAGAGGGUAAUAUGAUUGAUGUCGUGUGCCGCCAUGAAGGAGAUAAAUAUAGUACUUACCAGCUGAAGUAUAAGGCAUCCUCUGGACUGGCUCUUGCUGAAGCGGAUUAUAAGCUUUGA